AUGAGUUCCCAGCAUUACCCGGACGGGAUUCCUCUGGAUGAGGAAAUGCAGGAGGGAGAGGCGGCAUAUCCAGAUAUCGAUGAAACUGUUCACUAUCCAUGGCAAAAUGAUCAAUCUUUUGACAUUGGGAACAUGCUUGCCUCGGUGAUUGAUCCACGUUUGUUUGCGGACCAGAUCCAACAAACUCAACCCCAAAGCAUCAAUCAAUAUCAAGAUCCUAACGAAGGUCAAGGCGAAGUGGAAGAAGAGCAAGAGGUUGAUGACCUCUACCCGGAUGAAUACGACAACCAGGGAUAUCCUCCAGUAUCGUAUCCUCCCGUGCCUGGCGAUGGUGACGCGUCGGACGAGGACUUUGCCUUAUCCGGAGACGAAAGCGAGAGUGAGUCUGAGGAAGACGAACCAGCGGAGGAUGAUGACGAUGAUCAUUCAGCCGCCAGCAGGCGCCGCCGUCGUGGAGGUGGACGCUUUUCUGGAAGAUAUGGCGCUCGCGGUGGAAAGGGUAUCAAAAGAGGACCCCGCAAACCGUUGGAGCCCAGUCUGGAAUUCAAACAUCUUCAUUCGGGGGCUACCUCUGCCUUCAUUGAUGGAGACUACGAACUGGCCAUUGAUCUUGUGAUGCAGGCGAUUCAGAUCAAUCCUGAGAUGUUUGCUGCCCAUUCUUUGCUCUCGGAAAUCUUCCUCGCACAAGGAGAAAAUGAUAAAGCCCUGGCAGCUCUUUUCAAUGGAGCUCAUACGAGGCCGAAAGAUCCCGGUGUCUGGGUCAAAGUUGCUCGACUCAUUUUGGAUCGCGCCGGAGAGAAUCGGCAGUCCGCAUUGCAUGAUGUUGCUUAUUGUUACAGCCGCAUCCUCGAGGUCAGCCCCGGCAACACCAACAUUCGGUUCCAGAGAGCAGCGAUCUAUCGUGAGCUAGGUCACAAUGGCCGAGCCGCAGCUGAGUAUGAAAGAUUACUCAAGGACUGCCCACACAGUGCCAGAGCACUGCGCCAUCUUGCAGAGACGUACAUUGAUCUCAAUGACGUACAAAAAGCAGCAGACUUUUAUGCGGACAGCAUUGGUCACUACUUAUCACUCGACCCUGAGGCCUCUGAUUUCACCUGGUCAGAUCUCAAUAUCUAUGUUGAGCUUUUUGGCUAUCUCAAUCAACCCGAAGAAGGACUCAUCUCUUUGAAAAUUCUUGCACGUUGGCUUCUAGGUCGCGGAGGAGACACUGUGUGGGACGGCAUCGACGAUGACGACAGAGAAUGGGAUGCUGAUGAUUCGCCUCGACGCAUCAAAACCGAUGGGUUUCUGCCCGGUCAGUGGCCUCGAGAAUCGUAUGGACUUGGUCUUCCGCUGGAGCUACGGAUAAAAAUGGGUGUUUUCCGUCUAAGGAUGGGCGACAAGCAUCACAGCGAGGCAUUGCAUCACUUUGAAUGGCUUAACCCAGAAGAUGAUUCCGAAGGUGCCCGUAUUUUCGACUAUGGUGAUCUUUUCAGGGAGGUGGCAGAUGCUCUAAAACAGGCCGGUGUCUUGGAGGAAGCACUCCGAUAUUAUACGCCCAUCCAGCAGACUGCUGAACAUGCUGAUAUCGGCUUUUUCAUGGCCAUGGCUGAUUGCUGCAUGCAGCUGGGCAAGGUGGAAGAUGCUGAAAGUUGUUAUCUACUCGUCGCUGAACACGAUUCUAGUCAUAUGGAGUCGCGAGUACUACUAGCGAAGCUAUAUGAGAGCCUCGGGAUGAGCGAACAGGCUAUGAAGUAUGUCGGCGAGGCAGUCCUGAUCGGGCGACAGGAAAAUCGCAGCCGGGGAAGAAGAAAGGACACCAGACUUGAACAACUUGCCAUCGAGUUCAAGAUGGCUGGUUCAGAACCCCUCCGGGCAAUUGCGCCCAAACCGACACAGACAGCUACACUUAUGAACGCAGCUCCUUCGGCCACUGGCAAAGGACGGGCGCAACCUGGCGAAGGGACUCGGACUGAUGAUAUUCAAUUCUUAUAUGCAAAGUUGUUAGAGUUGAAUCCCCAAGUCAAAGACGGUGUCCCUGUAGCCAUUGAAGAUUGGCUGGACAUUGCUGAUGCACUGCUGCGAGAUUUCAAAAACAAUCGGGCAUUCUACCCGAUGGAUCGAAGUAUUGCCUUUAGGGGGUAUUCGACUGGUGUAAAAUCCAAGAACCAGACCAAGAACGGCACAAUGAUGGAUGAAAUGCAGCGAAUGGCGGGUCGUCUUCAGGAAACCAUGGGAGAUGUCACGGAGGAGCCCUUGCAGGGUGCCAUUCCCACUGACUACCAUGGAAUACCAUUUGAUGAGUGGCUUGACAUUUUCCUGCAGUAUGCUCUGCUUGUAGCAGAACAAGGCGAGCCAGAAGAAGCAUAUGAGACCCUUGAUUCUGCGGCGAUUGCAAGCAUCUGGUUGCACUCGAAGCCCAAGUCGCGAUUGAUUCAUGUUUGCUGGUUCACAUGCGCUCUCCGCGCACGAGAUGAAGAGACACUGGCCAAUGAAGCCCGCUGGUUUAUCAAAGAAUACCAGUUUGUCACCGACACUUAUCGACUUUUCUCUAUGCUGGGUCAUCUAUGUGGUGACCCUCACCGAUCUCUUUUCCAUUCCUCUGGAAACAUGAAAUUCAUGCUUCGCCAAAUCAAGGCGAUAGACUUUACGAUGCCACAAGAUACCCCUCGACCCAUCCGGCACUCUAUCUGGAAAGAACGCGCCACUCUAUCCACACGGGACGAAGCCGGUGAGCCCAUCACCGCGAAAGAGUUGGACAUUGCUCUUCUUGUGCUCUAUGGCCACAUGCUGUACUCCGGAAACAGUUUCUAUCCCGCGCUGAACUAUUUCUUCCGAGCAUACGCCCUAGAUGACCAAAACCCGGCCGUUCUCCUCUCCAUCGCACUCUCAUACAUCCACCACUCUCUCAAACGACAAUCCGAGAAUCGUCACUACCUCAUCAUGCAAGGACUGUCCUUUAUGCAUGAAUACCGGCUGGUUCGGGAGAAGCCGGGAACUCUCCUAGCCGAAAAACAGGAGAUGGAAUUCAAUUUCGCCCGCGUCUACCACUCGCUUGGUCUGGCCCACCUUGCUAUCGAAGGGUACAACCGAGUGUUGAAAAUUGGCGAGCAGAUUCAGCAACAGGCUAAGAAAAAUUCACAUCAAGAACCAACAUCUACAACAGAUGGUGAUGUGAUUAUGGGCGAUGAUGGCCAACCCCAGCUCACUAGCCAAAAUUUUGUUGAGGAUUUCUCCCGCGAGGCCGCUUAUGCGCUACAAUGUAUUCACGUUCUCAGUGGCAAUACAAAGACGGCAAAGGCUGUUACAGAAAAGUGGCUUGUGAUCUGA